AUGGGUCACGUGAGAACUAAAACUGUGAAGCGAGCAGCACGGGUGCUGAUCAACAAGUACUACAGCAAACUCUCCGAUGACUUCCACUACAACAAGAUGGUCUGUGGCACAGUGGCUGUCAUUCCCAGCAAGAAACUGAGGAACCAGAUCGCAGGAUACGUCACUCAUUUGAUGCGGCGAAUUGAGAAGGGCAGUGACGUGAGAGGCAUCUCCCUAAAACUGCAGGAGGAGGAGAGGGAGAGGAGGUACGAUAUAGUCCCAGUCCAGUCCCAGUUGGACCAGGAGACGAUCGAGGUCGACAAGGACACCCACGAGAUGUUGAAGCAACUCGGAUUCGCCACCAUCCAGAAUCUCCAAGUCAUGGAACAGUAA